CUAUAUGGCUCGGCACAUCGUUGCUUCCAUUAAUGGAGUGCAUGCUGACUAUAUGGCUCGGCACAUCAUUGCUUCCAUUAAUGGAGUGCAUGCUGACUAUAUGGCUCGGCACAUCAUUGCUUCCAUUAAUGGAGUGCAUGCUGCUAUAUGGCUCGGCACAUCAUUGCUUCCAUUAAUGGAGUGCAUGCUGACUAUAUGGCUCGGCACAUCAUUGCUUCCAUUAAUGGAGUGCAUGCUGGCUAUAUGGCUCGGCACAUCAUUGCUUCCAUUAAUGGAGUGCAUGCUGACUAUAUGGCUCGGCACAUCAUUGCUUCCAUUAAUGGAGUGCAUGCUGGCUAUAUGGCUCGGCACAUCAUUGCUUCCAUUAAUGGAGUGCAUGCUGACUAUAUGGCUCGGCACAUCAUUGCUUCCAUUAAUGGAGUGCAUGCUGGCUAUAUAGCUCGGCACAUCAUUGCUUUCAUUAAUGGAGUGCAUGCUGACUAUUUGGCUUGGCACAUCAUUGCUUCCAUUAAUUGUGUCACUGGCACAAUAGCUCCGACUCAGCUCACUUCUCUAUUGUCCAAGCCUCAAACUUUGGGUGUAUAGAUGUAUACAUUGUGGGAACCAAAUUACUAGCAAAUACAUAGAUACACCCAAGUUUUAACAUUACGGGACAUUAGCAUGUCUUAAUGGGGUUCCUGUGCUGGAAUUACAUCAUCAGUGAAUACAAAUACAAAAAGAUAAAUCCUGCGCUCACUCCCAUCACUACUGGGCAGCAGCAAUGACUACAGUACACAUCAGCCCCAUCUUCAGUGCUGAAGUUACUGCUUCAGUUUCACAUGAGGUCACUGUGCAUGGAAAGCUAUCAUGGCAUCCAGAUAGGAAGGCGCACGGCAGGCUCCCCCAGAAAUCUGAUCCCCACAAUCUUCUACCAUCAAGGAAACCUCAUCAAACAUUAAAAAUGUCACUGAGCACAUAACAUUUUCAUGUUCUAUUAUUUUUAAACGCCCCAGAAGGUGUUUUUAUUAGUUUUUUUAAAACCAUAAUUUAAUUGUAAUUUGAAAAACAUUGUAUUCAUGCAGUUCACUUAAAACUUUUUUGUUCUUUCUGAAUAAAUUCCGUUACCAAAAAUGACAUUUUUAAAGGUAGUCAAUUUUAACCUGUUUAAUGUGUCUCUCACAUUAUUAUUAUUAGUAGUAUUUUUUUUUAAAGAACAAUUCAACAAUUUUAACUUGUUUAGUGAAAAGUUAUCAAGGGACCAUCUGUCACCUCUUCUUCAAAUAAAUUGUCACCUUUUUGCCAAAGUACAAACACAGAAUGUUAAAGUAAAUACGUUCAUAUCAAAGUCAGAGAAUAAAGCACAUUGGACACGUUAUUUGAACACUUUCCAGAGUAUUGAUCCCUGGGCCAAGUGCUCGCUAUCUUCGCUAUAUAAGGGUGCGGGGUCACUAGUCUGUACUGAAAAGUCACAAUGUUGAAGCUUGUGGUUCUUACUAUCUUCUUGGGCUACGGUAAGUUCAACAUUUAGUUUUAUUUUUAAUUCUAACAUAAUUAUGUUUCUGUGAAACAACAUCAAGCAUUGUUAUUAGAGUGAUAUAACAAGAAGACAAAAAAUAUAUAAGCAAAGCCCAUACUUCUUUUAUAAAAGUCACACAGCACAGUUUUCUUAUGACUUUGACUUUCUUCAAGUACAAAUGAAAUACUUUAAUUCUUAAACGGAACCUUCAGACCAGGACUGACCCAUUCUUUUUAAUGCAUUAUAUAGAUAACACAUUGACAAAUACACAAUUAAAUAAAAAAUGAUACAAAGAUACUCAGAAAUAUUUCCUACACAUUCCCAGGAUGUACAACUUCUACAAUACGCUCUUGUCAAAUCAGAAAGUGACUCCGCUCACUAAACGUUCUAGAAUACUGCCGUGUUUAUUCCAUAAGCAGCAUUUUAUGGACAAAAUAAGCCACAGUUCAAUUGCCAGUUUAAAAUAAUAAUAGCAGACUGGUCCACAUGCUUGGAGAGAGACCAUCUGAAAGGCAGUCACCCAGAACAGAGAAAUAAAGGACAGGGUUUGUUUUUUUGUUGGUGUGCGUUCAAUUUCCCAAUGACCCAUUACUAAUUGCCAAGAAUUUUGGUUCUUUUUAGUUCAUUAGAGAGGUUUUUUUUAAUAGACUGAACAUGAGGUGUCCUUUCCACAUCUCACUUGUCUUUUUCUAUAUUUUGCCCAAUCACUAGAUAUAUAUAAGUAUUGAUCUAAUAUCCGUGUCCUGUGUUUCAGCCUACGGCUGUGGGGUUCCCACCUAUCUGCCCAAUCUUUCCAGGGUGGUUAAUGGUGAAGAUGUGAGACCCAACAGCUGGCCAUGGCAGGUAAGAAGGGAGCGUGCAAAUUGCAGAUUUCCAUUCAGUAAUUGCUACAAAAUACUAAUUCUUAUGAAAUUCUCAACCUGUAGAUCUCACUGCAGUAUGAAGCAACCAGCGGCUGGGGACACACUUGUGGGGGAACUCUGAUCACCGAAAACUGGGUGCUGACUGCCGCCCACUGUAUCAGGUAUCCCUCGAUUAAUACAUGUAUUUCUCGUGUUUUGUAUUUUUUUAGUCAUUGUUUUUGCAUAUUGAUGAAUACAUUAAUUUGUUAGUUACUUUGUAGUUGUUUUUGGUUAAAUCCAUUGAAUGUUUCAUGUAUUUAUUUAGCCUAUAGCUGGUAGAAAAUCCAUUUAUUGUUUUUCUAGGGUUUUGUUUUGCUAUAUCAAUGUAUUAUACAUUUAUUUUUAAUGCAUUUGCAACGGUUUGGUUAAAAGGAAUAAAUAAUUCAUUUAUUGCUCAAUUUACUUUGUUCUUUUGUGAAUACAGUUGUUAUACAUUUAUUUCCUAGAUGUUUUGUUGUGCUUUCUUGAUGAUGGCUAACAGAUAAUAAUUAUUUGUGUUGCAGUUGCUUUAUUGUUUAACAUUUGCACUAGUCAGUAAACCUGUUCUUUUACCGUCCAUGGAUCUUUUGGCCAAACUGACCAAUUAUCCCAUCUCCUUCCUGCUCCUCAGCUCCCGAACAUACAGAGUAUUUCUGGGAAAACAUAACCUGAAGGAUGACGAACAAGGAUCCAUCGCUAUCUCACCUGAAAAAAUCAUCGUCCACGAGAAAUGGAACUCCUUCUUCAUCCUGUGAGUGUGGCGGGGGCUGAUUAGUGUUUUAAAAAAAAAAAAAAAAACAAAUUUAUUGAUGGAAGAAAUGUUUAGAACUAAUAAUAAUAGAUAAAAAGACAACAUUUACUAGUACGAAGAUUAAUCAAUAAUGAUAUAGCCUGUUGGGCAAAACAAUUACAAUACUACAAAAUAUAGAAUAAAUCAUUAGAUAAAUGUGAGCAGUUCUUUAUAUUUUUAGAAAUGAUCAAUUUGGUGCUUUACAACCUGAACCUGGGUGUGUUACCAAACAAGAGGAAAAUGAAAUGGAAAAAAGGGAAAACUAUUAGACAGGUGUUUAUUAGGUAAUAAUAUCCUUAAAUGUAAAUAUCCACACAGUAUGAUCACACUAUAAUGGUCAAUAUAAGAGUCAUUGCUGACCUAGGACCCGUAAUGGCCAAUAUAGGAGUCAUUGCUGACCUAGGACCUUUAAUGGUCAAUAUAGGAGUCAUUGCUGACCUAGGACCUUUAAUGGUCAAUAUAGGAGUCAUUGCUGACCUAGGACCUUUAAUGGUCAAUACAGGAGUCAUUGCUGACCAAGGACCUGUAAUGGCCAAUAUAGGAGUCAUUGCUGACCUAGGACCUUUAAUGGUCAAUAUAGGAGUCAUUGCUGGCCUAGGACCUGUAAUGGCUAAUAUAGGAGUCAUUGCUGGCCUAGGACCUAUAAUGGCCAAUAUAGGAGUCAUUGCUGGCCUAGGACCUAUAAUGGCCAAUAUAGGAGUCAUUGCUGGCCUAGGACCUAUAAUGGCCAAUAUAGGAGUCAUUGCUGACCUAGGACCUUUAAUGGUCAAUAUAAGAGUCAUUGCUGGCCUAGGACCUAUAAUGGUCAAUAUAGGAGUCAUUGCUGGCCUGGGACCUGUAAUGGCCAAUAUAGGAGUCAUUGCUGACCUAGGACCUUUAAUGGUCAAUAUAAGAGUCAUUGCUGACCUAGGACCUAUAAUGGCCAAUAUAGGAGUCAUUGCUGACCUAGGACCUGUAAUGGCCAAUAUAGGAGUCAUUGCUGACCUAGGACCUGUAAUGGUCAAUAUAGGAGUCAUUGCUGACCUAGGACCUAUAAUGGCCAAAUAUAGGAGUCAUUGCUGACCUAGGACCUGUAAUGGCCAAUAUAGGAGUCAUUGCUGACCUAGGACCUUUAAUGGUCAAUAUAGGAGUCAUUGCUGACCUAGGACCUAUAAUGGUCAAUAUAGGAGUCAUUGCUGACCUAGGACCCGUAAUGGCCAAUAUAGGAGUCAUUGCUGACCUAGGACCUACAAUGGCCAAUAUAGGAGUCAUUGCUGACCUAGGACCUAUAAUGGUCAAUAUAGGAGUCAUUGCUGACCUAGGACCUAUAAUGGUCAAUAUAGGAGUCAUUGCUGACCUAGGACCUAUAAUGGUCAAUAUAGGAGUCAUUGCUGACCUAGGACCUGUAAUGGUCAAUAUAGGAGUCAUUGCUGACCUAGGACCUGUAAUGGUCAAUAUAUGAGUCAUUGCUGACCUAGGACCUAUAAUGGCCAAUAUAGGUGUCACUGCUGGCCUAGGACCUGUAAUGGUCACUAUAGGAGUCAUUGCUGACCUAGGACCUGUAAUGGUCAAUACAGGAGUCAUUGCUGACCAAGGACCUAUAAUGGUCAAUAUAGGAGUCAUUGCUGGCCUAGGACCUGUAAUGGUCACUAUAUGAGUCACUGCUGACCUAGGACCUAUAAUGGUCAAUACAGGAGUCAUUGCUGAUCAAGGACCUAUAAUGGUCAAUAUAGGAGUCAUUGCUGGCCUAGGACCUGUAAUGGUCAAGAUAAGGCAUUCGUAAGAUAAGGCUAGGGACUAAUGAAAGUAUUUAGAAAAUUGGGCAGACUAGAUGGGCCGAAUGGUUCUUAUCUGCCGUCACAUUCUAUGUUUCUAUGUCAAUAUAGGAGUCAUUGCUGACAUAGGACCUGUAAUGGUCAAUAUAUGACUCAUUGCUGGCCUAGGACCUAUAACGGUCAAUAUAUGACUCAUUGCUGGCCUAGGACCUAUAACGGUCAAUAUAGGAGUCAUUGCUGGCAUAGGACUUAUAAUGGUCAAUAUAGGAGUCAUUGCUGGCCUAGGACUUAUAAUGGUCAAUAUAGGAGUCAUUGCUGGCCUAGGACUUAUAACGGUCAAUAUAGGAGUCAUUGCUGGCCUAGGACCUAUAAUGGUCAAUAUAGGAGUCAUUGCUGACCUAGGACCUAUAACGGUCAAUAUAAGAGUCAUUGCUGACCUAGGACCUAUAACGGUCAAUAUAGGAGUCAUUGCUGGCCUAGGAUUUAUAACGGUCAAUAUAGGAGUCAUUGCUGGCCUAUGACCUAUAAUGGUCAAUAUAGGAGUCAUUGCUGGCCUAGGACCUAUAAUGGUCAAUAUAGGAGUCAUUGCUGGCCUAAGACCUAUAAUGGUCAAUAUAGGAGUCAUUGCUGGCCUAGGACCUAUAAUGGUCAAUAUAGGAGUCAUUGCUGGCCUAGGACCUAUAAUGGUCAAUAUAGGAGUCAUUGCUGGCCUAAGACCUAUAAUGGUCAAUAUAGGAAUCAUUGCUGACCUAGGACCUAUAAUGGUCAAUAUAGGAGUCAUUGCUGGCCUAGGACCUAUAAUGGUCAAUAUAGGAGUCAUUGCUGGCCUAAGACCUAUAAUGGUCAAUAUAGGAAUCAUUGCUGACCUAGGACCUAUAAUGGUCAAUAUAGGAAUCAUUGCUGGGCUAGGUUCUCUAAGGAAAGUCUCUAAGCACCAUAAUCACUGCUGCCAGCUUUAGUGCUUAUUGGAUGUCAGAAGUGCCCAGGCGGCAUCCCAUAUGAAUUUGUUAAGCCGUUUUAGAUCAAUUAGGUCCGGCCAGGGCUGCUGCAGUGAUCCUUUAACAAUGUAACAUUCUGAGUGUAACCUACCAGCACUGACACAUUGUAACAUUAUUGGAGGGACAUUUAUUUCACAAUGCUCUCUCUGUGUAGCUAGAAAACACUAAUAUUCUGCAUCUUUGCCACAGCAACGACAUUGCCCUGAUUAAACUGGCAGAGCCUGUGCCUCUGAGUGAUAAGAUCCAGCCCGCCUGUUUGCCCGCUGACGGUGCCCUCCUGAGCAAUAAUUUCCCCUGCUACGUUACUGGAUGGGGGCGUCUUUACAGUAAGAUAUAGCCUUAGAAAUUAAUCGUCAUUUCAGCAUAUACUGAAAACCAUCAGGGCCGGACUGGGGAUACAAAGCAGCCCUGGAAAAAAAAUUUGUGCCAGCCCCAUAAGUCACUGCGCCAUAUAUUGUCGCGUGUAAUAUGUAAGGCUAUGUCUUGCCAGGACAGAUGAUUGUUUAAUUAUACAGUAAGCAUACUCACAUGCAGACACAGGCAAUUUCACUGACAUCUCAAUGACACACAGCCUCAUAGACAAACAAUCUCACUGAUAUACAUCAGCUCAUUGACAUAAAAACACAAGCUCACUCACUAGCAGACGCACACACACAGCUUAAUGUGGUGGUACUGGUGUCUAUAGCCUGUCCCUACAGGCUUUUCAACGUAAACACUGACUUUUCAGAGAAAAGGCAGUGUUUACAUUGCUUCAAAGUGACACUGCUAGUGACAGUCACUCAGACGGUCACUAGAGGUGCUUCCUGUGUUAGUGCACCUACAUUCAGGGCCUCCACACUCUGUAGGUGCUGAACGUUCCCCAUAGAGAUACAUUGAUUCAAUGCAUCUCUAUGAGGAGAUGCUGAUUGGAGUGGCGUUUUGAAGCCAAUCCUAUGGCAAAGCAUUGGAUUGGCUGAGAUCAUCAAGCUUGAUGAUCUCAGCUAUAGAGGCAGGGCCAGUCGAGGGGAGACCAGCACGCUGCGUGGGGAAAAAAAGGUGAGCAAAAACACUAUUUUUAAACACACAUAUACACCAUGACAGACACAGAAACACACAUAUACCAUGACAGAUACACACCCCAUGACAGACACACACACACCAUGACAGACCAUGACAUAGACAGGCCAUGACACAGACAGACCCACACACACACAUGACACAGACAGACACACACCCCGUGACAGACAGAUACACACACACCCCGUGACUGACAGACAGACACACACCCCGACACAGACAGACACACACCCCGUGACAGACAGACACACACACACCCCGUGACAGACAGACACACACACCCCGUGACAGACAGACACACACACACCCCGUGACAGACAGACACACACACACCCCGUGACAGACAGACACACACACACCCCGUGACGGACAGACACACACUCCAUGACGGACAGACAGACACCCCAUGACGGACAGACAGGCACACCAUGACACAGACAGGCACACACCCCAUGACGGACAGACACACACCCUGUAGCGGAGGCCUGGUAUUUCACAGGUUAACUCCACUAAGAUCCCAGUGAGGCUCAGGAACAAGUGAUGAGAAAUCCCAUGAAGUAAUAAUCCCAGCAAGCAAGGUAAUCCACGAAUAUUCCCAUACAGAUCCCAAUGACUGGACAACACACAGCAUGAGGAGCAGAACUGACUUUUAUUCCACACAACCUCCUUUUAAGCAUUUCUCCCAUGCAAGGGAGGGAUUCACAUUCAUUAGUACAGUACCCAAUGAAAUAGCAGUUACCUCCCACACAUCUCCUCCCCUUAGUAUGACACCUAAUCCCAUUAUACAGGUUACAGUUUUCCCCAAGUUCUAGAUGUACCCCAAGAUUAGCAGGUACACCCAUACUUUGGUAGCCCUGAUCUGGGUGACUAAGAUAUCUAAAAUUCACCCAGAUCAGACCAGGGGUUCGGGAGUUAGGUGGAGGGUGAAAUUUGACCGACCACACAUGAGGUGGUAUCCAAAAAGGGUUCCAUGUGUUUUGGCCCUGCAAAUUUCACCCUCCACCUAACUCCCGAACCCCUGGUCUGAUCUGGGUGAAUUUUAGAUAUCUUAGUCACCCAGAUCAGGGCUACCAAAGGGUCUCCGUUCGGGAGGUAAAAUACACAGAAAUACAUGACAUCCACCAUUAAAACGGCAUUCGCAUGAAUGCCCUUGUUCGGUACUCCAAACUCACUGAACGGGCGGCUGACUCGUCUUCCCGUUCGUGAGUUAUGGAGCUCUGGAGGUGUCAGCGGUGUUCGGGUAAUCGAGUGUCCGAUUUGAGUUCCAGAUACUCGACGACCAAACAACGCUGAGCCUUUUGUGUGUAAGAUGGCCGCUGCCACGUGUUCGCAUGCCGUAUGGCGGCCACCCAGAUACAUCCAUAAACCACCUAUUAGUCUGCGGUUAACAAGUACCUUACUGCUUAAUUAGGGACACACUUCACUCUGGGGUGGUCUAUUAAUUCGGUAGUUUCCAUUCGUAUGAAAUACAGAUGUAAACUACCGAACAAUCAUACGAAUGCCAGUUACAAUGAAAUACAAAGCAGAAACAACACAUGAAUUGCAGGAUUCUCAUAGUCUUUAAGGACAGCCACAGUACCAUCCGCUACACACACCAUGACACAGACACACACACACCAUACAGACAGACACACACACACACCAUACAGACAGACAGACAGACAGACACACACACACACACAAAAUAAAUAACACACACACACACACCAUACAGACACACACACUAUAACAGACACACAUUACUAAUACCUGUCAGGGGGAGGUCUUCUGGCGGCCGCUGGGGGAACUGCGCUGGCUCUGCUCCCCAGCAGAUGUCAUAUUCCGGCCCCGGUCUCAUUAAGCUGCGAUCGAGGGCGGGAGAGCAGAGACAGCGCAGCUCCCCCAGCGGCCGCCAGAAGACCUCCCCCAAUGGCCGCCAGAAGACCCAGGUGUCUGACCGGCCCCAAUUGCCGACGGCCCACCGGGAAAUUUCCCGGUAUCCCGGUGGACCAGUCUGGCCCUGGAAACCAUCAACUGCUUAUCAGGAAACAUAAUGACAUUGACAGGUUAUUCACUACAGUGAGAAUUCAAAGUGAAAUAAGUCAAACUAGAAAAAGAGUCAGCUCUGCUCUCAGCUUGGCUACUCUGGCCUUAAAUUGGAAAUUCACUCUGAAUUCUCUUUAAAUGAAAUGUAAAUAACACAAGAAAUAAAAAUGACCAGCUGAGGUCCAAUAUGUGAUCACACAAUGUUUUCUGCGUCCUGCGCAAGGCAGAACAUAAUGGGUUCUGCAGGACUCUUAUUUUAAAUGUAUAUUAAACAUUUAGCUACUGACAUCACUACCCAGUUCAGUCCUGGCACAGUCUGGCACAGCCUGGCACUGAAGGAGGACAUACAGAAACAUUGUUUCAGUUUCUGCUCCUCUCCCAAUGCUGACUGCCAGGUGCGAAGGACAGAUGUUAUAACAGUGACUGGCUGGAAACUAAGAUGGAGGUGCCCAGCCCUAGGAUAUAAAUGUGCAGAUUUUUACAUUGACUUUUAUUUUCACAUCUCACAAACACAUAUUUGUUAAAUAGAGGGAUAAGAGAACGUUAGAAAUCCUGGAAGGUGACAGCUCCUCUUUAAAUGGUCCAAGUAACUCAUUCGUAUACAAGACAAAUAUAUUUAUUAUCCUCCAUAUGGAUGUACAAUAGAUUACAUUAUUCCCCUUUGUCUUCCAGCCAAUGGACCCAUCGCUGAGAAUCUGCAGCAAGCCCUCCUGCCUGUGGUGGAUCACGCCACCUGCACCCAGCGCGACUGGUGGGGAACUCAGGUCAGGACCACCAUGGUCUGUGCUGGAGGCGACGGCAUUGUGUCCGGAUGCAACGUAAGACAUCUUUUCUUAUCAAAUUCUUUUCCUGUAUUUAUUUAUUUAUUUAUUUAUUAAGACAUCUUUUCUUAUCGAAUCCCCUUUUCCUGUAUUUAUUUAGUAAGACAUCUUUUUCUUAUCGAAUUCCCUUUUUCUGUAUUAAUUUAUUACAAAUGUCUGGAAACCUAGGUACACGGUGCUGUGUCCUGUAUCUGUAUUUUAAAUCUUUGUGUAAAGAUGGAGCUGGUUCAGACAAACUAUAUAGAUUUUUAUAGAACGUGGUCAUUCUUGCCUCACAUGUAAGUAAUAAGUUAAUUGGCUGCACCCAUUUACAUUUACUGAUUAGAUAUGUAUGUUUUCAAAGGGAGAUUCUGGCGGACCCCUCAACUGUCAGGCAGCAAAUGGAAACUGGGAGGUCCACGGUGUGGUCAGCUUCGGCUCUGGUCUGAGCUGUAAUUAUGAGAAGAAACCUACUGUCUUCACCCGUGUGUCCGCUUACAUUGACUGGAUCAACGAGGUGGGUGUCACUGGAUUCCACUACCAGUAUACAUGUCUGUUUAUUUGUGCUGUGCAUGGGGACAUUAGUUAGAAAGUUUGGAUGGUCUGUAUAUUUUAUAGACAAUUCCAGAUUGAGACACAGUCAACCCUGUAUGAUUAGUGUCUUCUUUCUCAUCUCAGCUGUAAUCAGUAAAUAUUCCAUGGAAUGAUCCCUCUAUCACUGCCAUGAAAACUCGCCCUCCCUGCCCUCUGAUACAAAAGUCUUCUCUCAAACUGCCACACAACUCUAAAAAUUCACUUGCAACUGCCCCCUCAAAAUGUACCGAAAAUAAAUUCUUACACAAACUCUGCAAAUACCAUAUCUGCAUAGUUUGUGGUAAUAUUACAACUUGUUGAAGUGGUUAUGGUGCAGGAAUGCUGUGGGUUCCAUCUCUCCACUCUUCUGUCAAAGAGUUCCCAGUUUCUGAAAUAUCAGUGUGGCUCUCCGCAGGACCUAAAGCCUCCCCCGCCUCCUCCCCCCAUGUCCGGGGCUGUCGUGAGAGGGGUACAGCCGAUAUGGCUAUAAAAUCAUCCCCAAUGUGCAUAUAUAUUAUUGCUAUAUACCGGUAUAUGUGCCUGUGCAGGCCACUGGUGGAAUGUAUAGUGAAGAGGGGGCGCAGCAAACGCAAUCUUUAGCUUCCGCGAGAGUUGGAGAGAGGAGCUUUUGGAAGCACACCUUAUUCUCCAGCCCAAGUAUUUGCACAGGCUAGCAGGAUUUCACCAAGCUGAACCUCCAUUAACCCAUACGGUGCUGAUGAAUUGGAACAGGCUCCCAGUAUAGUAAUACUCUUUAUGCACAAAUAUCAGAGAUGCAACGAAAAUAACAAAAUGGGCAACAGAAACGCAGCUGCCUAAAGAAACACUGGACAUGAUCCCUCCAGGUUUCACUGACAUUUUCUGAAGCAUUUGCAUUCUGACAUGAAUUUCCUUUUUGCAGAAAAUCAUCAACAACUAAAGAAAACCUUCAAUAUCCAAUAAGUUUUCUGCUGAGGAUUCACCGUGACUUGAAGUCCUAACUGGGCAUUCCUUAUGUUUCUGUCAAUAUCGAGAACAAUGUAAGGAAGUUACUCAUUCCUAAUAAAACAAUCCAGCAAUGAAAUGGCUCCAACUAAUUAUUUCUAAACUUUCUGUCAAUGAAUUUCUAUAAACUAUUUGGCCGAGUACAAUGAGAACUGGAGUAUCAGCGAUUUCCAAG